GUUCGUGGUAAAAUAAAUAAAUAGAUAGUUUAUUCUCAGCUUCAUAGAGACGCACCAACUUAAGCAUGAUCAAGGUUUAAAACUGUUGUGUAUCACGACGAUACUCCGGGUUCAAUCGUGUAUAGUUGAAACGGUGUCAAGAGGAGUUGAUAUGUGAAUCUAGUCGACUUGCCAGUAUGUAGUUGUGGGCUGUGACUUUAUUCAGUGGCGAGUCACAUCCGCCACGUCGCAGUGUUGUUAAACAGACAUAUGUGGCUUUUUAUAGGGAGAACGCUUGCCAGGCGAAAACCCACCACGUCCUGCAACACUGCCGUAAAGCAUUUUGAACAUUAAUGUUGAACUGGCAAAGCCGCUUGACGACUGGUUUCACAUUCGGUUUUUCGCGGGGUAAUGGCUUCUAAUUUCCUCUGUUAGUUGGACGGGUAUUUUGCUCUGGGUCGCCAUGAUUUUUUGGGGUCGCUGGAGGAGAGGGACAUCGCGAUUUUUCUUCUUGUUAUUUUUCAGAUGUAUAAUGUAUGGGAGUAUGAGGAUGUGUCCAGUUCUCCAUACUGGACAAGGGUUAUGAUGAUUUCCUUGUGGGUUGUUCCGUCCGUCUUGGGCAAAAUUGUUCCUCAGUCCAAUCCCAGAUCUCCAAGAUGUCCCGGACCUCAGAGAAAAGGGAAAGUGGGAGACAACCGAGAGAAGACCGCAAGAACAGGCAUGGAAUUGAAUAUUGUUAGUGUCUUGUGUUAUAACAUUUGGGCUGGAGACAAAAGCAUGUACACUGUGCAACAAUAAUUAUGCUGAAAAUGUCUUUUGAGUAUCCUAUAGAAUCAUUAGCCGUAUAGGUGGAUUGCUAUCGCCUGCGUAGGGACAAGAGCGUUGCACCAGUAAGUAAGGUACGAGUAUCCAUUUGAUAUGAGUCGAUAGUUGCGUGGGGAUAGAGCAAAGAGAGUUAGAAUGUUGGUAGUUAUUGUCAGGUGCAUGAACAGCACGUAGUUAGUGUAAUCCGAGAGAGGGGCAUAAUAAGCGAAAAUAAAUAGGUUGCUGCGAGAGAGUCUUAAAGCUCAAUUGGUGGCAGGGCAGCGGAGGGACUGGAUGCAGAUAUUCUAGAGGAGUA